UGAUGAAGAUUCUCUUUCAAAAGAAAAACUAGACGAUAAUCAAUCUGACACUAAUAAAUCUCGAUCCAAUCGAGUAGAAGAACCGGAAUUCAAACUGAAACAUUCAUCUGAUUCGUCCAAAGAAUCUGACGCAGAAGAAGAAGAAGAAUCAAUCAUUAACGAAAAGCCACAAUUAGAUGAAUCGAUACGUGAAUUUUUAUGGGAACCAACAAAUAUUUCAACAAAAACAACAACAACAACAAUAACAGAAGUAACUGAUCAAAAUGGUGUCACAGUUUUAAUACGUGAAUUAAACGAGUUUCCAACAUCGCCUAUAACUAGAACAACACGUUUUCUUGGAUAUGGAAAUGGUGGUCGCGUGCUUGAAGAUCUUCCAAAUGAAAUAAUUCUUCAAAUAUUUUCUUUACUUGAAUUAACUGAACUCUAUCGAGCUUUUUCUUCUCUUAAUUAUCGAAUUGAAUGUUUAUUAUAUGAUAUUCAUAUACCAUUAUCUGCUCGUUUAAUAUCAAAAGUAACAAUACCAUUAAAUAAAUUUUCUUUUCGAAUAAUUAAUCUUUCUCUCAUUGAUUGGUUACCGAAUGAUAUUUUAUUAUUACUUCAAUAUUCUAAUUUAUCUCGUCUUAAUUGUUUAAAUAUAAUAUCAACAAAUAAUUUUUAUUUUGGUCAACCAACAAAUAAUUUAAUUCAUCAAAUACUUUCUCUAAAAAAUCUUCAGAAAUUACAAAUAAAAUUAUCACCAACACUUUAUAUUCUUAAUCAAAAUUUACCUCUUUCUUUAUCAAUUCAACAUAUAAAUUUAAGUAUGAUAACACUUGAUAUGUUAUUUAAUCUUUUAAUACAUAUUCCUAAACUUCGUUCGUUGAAUGUUUGGCUUAAUUCGAAUGGAAGAGUAUUUGAUAGUAAAACUUAUGAUCAAGAUUAUUGUUGUUUAAAUUUAAAAAAACUUAUCAUUGGUCUUCAUAAUGAUAUAACAUUUCAAGAAGUUAUAUUUCUAUUACGUCGUAUGCCUGUAUUACAUUCAUUAGAUAUGUCAGGAUCAGUAUGGGAUCAGGAAUUUUUAAAUCAUAUUCAUUGGAAAAAAAUAAUUUCGGGUGAUAAUUUAUUUCCAUUAUUAAAUAAAAUUAAUCUUAAUAUUUCUAUUCGUUAUACAAAUCAUACACCACAUAUCAAUGUAAUUUCAUCACAAUUUAAUAAAGAAAUUUUUCAACGAACUAAUUUUUCUAUUACAUUUGAUCAAGCGUUUUGGUUUUAUCUGAAAUGUUUAUGGUAUAAUUAA